AUGGCAAUGUCUACUUCUCUACAAGACACAGGCAACUUGUUCCAAGUGCCAGAAAUUUCACAGGAAGAGAUAAGCUCAUUUCACGACGCGCACUUCUCCUUCGCAGCUACCAACCUCUUCAAUUCCCAGUUCUUCCGACCGGAAAAUGCGCAGGAUGAACAAGAUGAGCAAGAUGAAAAUCAGUACUAUGAGGAAUAUGAAGGAUAUUACGAAGAAGAGGAUGACGGCUUAGGCUAUUAUCCAGAUGGUGUCAAACGCACGCUUACGGAUGAGCAAAUCGCUAUAUUUCGACAUUCUGAAAUCGAAGCCCUUCGCCGUGCUAAGACUAGAGUCGCUAAGGUUGAGGAAGCGCCAAACACACCGUUGCAAGCAGCCGAAGAAGAUGAUUCCACAUCUACCAACGAACGUAAUCCCGGUUCGAUAGUAAUGCCGUUGCCUACAAUGCCGGAUGAGAGUCAUGAGAAACGCAAAGUGAAGGAAGAAGAGGCGCAAGAUGGUAGCGAGGAUGGAGAAAUUGAAGAAGAAAUGCCUAAACCUACCGAAGCUGAAGUCAAGCGGGAAAAAAAGCAACGCGCGAGACGAAAGAAGCAUGAACAACGCAAGUUCCACCCCGAGAAGAAGCCCGACCUACGAAAGAGGACAUGGGAUGUAGUCGAGACUGGUAUGGACAGCCUAUACUACGAUGAUGAAACAGCCCAAGACACGGCUGCCACUCCUGCGGCACAGAGGCGAAGGAUCUCAUACGACGAUUGA